GGGACGGCCUCGGCGCGACGGCCCGAGUGGCGGUUGUUUCAAGAUGGCGGACGUGGCGGCCCCUUCCCUCCCGAGCGCUGCGGCGUUCUGGAGUCGGGACUUUUCUGAUGAAGAACAAUCAGUAGUGUAUGUUCCAGGAAUUACUGCAGAAGGGAAUACCAGACCAAGACACAAGUCGAUGAGUCCAAAAGCUGAUGUUAAACUUAAGACCUCCAAGAUGGCCGCUGCUUCAAUAUCCAUGGAGUCUUUAAAAGGUGCAGGAGAUUCAGUAGAUCAACAGAAUUUCUUUAGGGGAGGAAUGAAGAGUGCAUCAUUGAAGGAUUUAUGUCUUGAAGACAAGAGACGCAUUGCAAACCUAAUUAAAGAACUGGCCAGGGUGAGUGAGGAAAAGGAAGUGACAGAAGAACGACUAAAAGCUGAGCAGGAAUCAUUUGAGAAGAAGAUCAGACAGUUGGAAGAACAGAAUGAACUUAUCAUCAAAGAAAGGGAAGCUCUUCAGCUACAAUAUAGAGAAUGCCAAGAACUUUUAAGCCUCUAUCAGAAAUACCUAUCAGAACAGCAGGAGAAGCUCACCAUGUCACUCUCAGAACUUGGUGCUGUGAAAAUGCAGGAGCAACAGGUAUCCAGUAGGAAAAGUGCUCUUCGAUCUUCAUCUAUGGAAUUGGAUGGUUCCUACUUGAGUGUAGCCAAACCACAAGCAUAUUAUCAAACCAAGCAAAGGUCUAUGUCUGCAAACCAGGACUCAGCUUCAGAAUCUCUUAUGGAGUUUAGGAACAAUCCUUUGAAACUAGCAGCCCUUCAUCAUCCCAGCAAGGGUUUAGACAGGGUGCCACUAGAGACCAGAACACUUAAUUAUUCAUCUCCAGGAAGAAAACCAGUGGAUGUAGUCCCUAUAGAGAAGGCUCCACUAGAAGAGUUGAAGAUGAAAGAAUGUCCAGACUUUAAACCUCCAUCUAGUCAAUGUUGUGGUCAUAGACUUUCUGAAAAUGUAGAUCAUGUUCAUGAGAGCCAUCCUAAAAACAUGGCCCCUCAGUGUUCCAGUACACAUCCGGAAUCAUGCAUUUAUUGUGGGCUUUCCUGGGCAUCUCUGAUGCACAGUCGAGGGGCACUGCAUCCCAGUGAAACUGAUAUCAAAAAGCAACUCUCAGAAGAUAGAAGGCAGCAACUUAUGCUUCAGAAAAUGGAGCUGGAAAUUGAAAAGGAGCGCCUUCAGCAUCUGUUGGCCCAGCAGGAGACAAAGCUUCUCCUAAAACAGCAGCAGCUUCAUCAGUCUCGACUGGAUUACAAUUGUCUGUUGAAGUCCAAACAUGACGGCUGGCUGCUUGAAACAUCACCAUCGAUCAAAAAGUUCCAAGAAUCCACUAGCAGUGGAGAGAAUAAGAGGGGGAAGAAAACAGUUGGGUUUCAGCCAGAGAUGGAUGAUGAUACCCAAUGGACAUGUCAAAAGAAGGAUACAUGUAGACCCCAAAGAGGUACAAUGAUUGGAGUUAGAAAAGAUGCGUCCACAUCUCCUAUGCCAACAGGAAACCAAAAGGAGCUUGUAACUACAGCCACAUCAUCAUUCCAACAAGACACCUCCCAGUAUGAGACAUCUCUGUUGGAUCUGGUUCAAUCGCUGAGCCCAAAGUCUGCUUCCAAAACCCAGCCACGUCCCUUCAGAGCAGCUGGCACUUGGAAUCACAGUAUUUUCCGACUUAGUCCUCUGAAACAGACCCGGAGCAAGAUGGGGGCAAGCAGGACCCCUGAAGACCUGGAAGAGAGUCAGAUUCUGGAAGAUAUAUUUUUCAUUUGACAAUGAAGCACAUGCUGCAAAAUUUCCAUAGGAAAUGUGUGGGUUUCUUUAUAUACUGAUCUAUCGUUUUAAAUUAUUUGAUUAGAAAGUAAUUGUGUCUCUCCUUUCACAGGGACCUAUCUCACUAGCAUCCUAUUAUGUAUUUAAUUUAGAAAUCAUUCUAACAACCCAGAGGUUGUGUGUAUGUAUGUGUGUGUUUGGUCAGACCAGUCCAAUCAGUAGAUAAUAUACUAAGGGAGCUGGGGGAAUGGGGUGGUGUCUUUUCUAUGCCAAGCAGAGAUUAGAAAAUAAAAGUAGGAUACUUUCUGCCUAGCACAGGCCAUUGCAUAUUCAACCUCAUUCCAAGAGUGUUUCCUUUUCAGUCUUCUGAAAGGAGUUAGCUCUGUUUUGUAUACAAGGAAAACCUUUCCACUGAAAUCUCUCUCUAAUUUAAAUGCAGUCCCUUUGUAACAUAACAAUUUCAGAAAAACAGACCCUUUCACAUUCUCCACCCUAUUCUCUAACCACCCACCUCUAUCUAAGUGUAAUAAUUUCCUUUUGAGGGUGUAGUUGGUGCCCCUAUCAUAACAACACUGAGGGCCAGUUGUGAGUUAGUCCCAGUAGUCAUUUAGCCUGGUAGCUGCCCCUCCUGUGCCUAGAAGGUUCAGUGUGAACCCAGCCAACACUUUGACACAGGCUUUAAAUCACACGAAGGAAUGAUUGCUCUGGGGAAAUCCAGGAGAGGUAAAAGCCUGAAAGCGUUUCCUACCCAUGUUCAAGUAACUGCCCCUCCAGUUUCUCAGGAGAAAUAAGAGCAGUCUCUCUUUUUUGUUGACCCAGUUGUUUGUUUUAUUCAUCCUCCCAUCACCUGCAGUCCAGUGAACUUCUCAGGGCUGUAUCUGGGGAAUGUGCCACUAUAGGGAUAGUGGUAUCUAACUGCUGCAGGCUGAUGGCCUGCCACUAUCCCAUGACCCAAAGAACCAUGUUCACUUGCCAGAUUACAUUCCACCACCUCAAGAAGGGACUUCUUCUCUUCCGCACGGGGCCUCACUUUGACCCAAGAAAGCCUAUGGAAGAAGUUCAUUGAGACCUCUUUUCUCCUCUACCUUCCCAUUCAGCGGAGCUCUUGAGAUGGGUCCUUCAGCUUAUAGUAGGCUCUAGUGGCCUUCAAGUCAGGUGAUGAGCCUGGUACAGCCAGUGAGUUAACACUUCUCCAAAUUGGCAGUGAGAAAAGAUGUGUCCCCAGACACAUAUUACUUGAUGACUUUAUCUGGAGGGUGUUACUUUAUUUCUCUCUCUCCAAACCCAGGCUUGGCACUGAUACUCUUUGUCAGUCAUUAUUGGUAGCCAAGGAGCUUUGGUCAGACCACCUAGGGCAGCCUGCACUUAGGGAGCCUAUAAUUAGUGAGGCUUAUUGAGCCUUAAUGAGACUUAGUGAGCUUCCCUGAAUUCUUGUUCAAAACUAGAUUAUUUCAGUCUAGAAAAGCCUCAUUGAGCAACCUCCUUAGCUGGGUAGAUCCAAAUCUCAUUUGUAGACUCCUCUUGUCUUUUCAGAAUGGGCCUGGCCCUGUAGCCUCCACUCAGCCUUCUUUCACUUGAGUUAAAAACUCUUUGUAGAUGAUAAUUUUUUUUAAGUCCACCCCUGUGAGAGUAACUAAAUCAGUCUCAUCCCAUUUCAGAAAGCCUUUGGGAUAUGGGAAACCCUGGUGGUGUUGUGGUUAAGUGCUACGGCUGCUAGCCAAGAAGUCAGCAGUUCACAUCCACCAGGCACUCCUUGGAAACUCUAUGGGGGAGUUCUACUCUGUCCUAUAGGGUCACUGUGAGUCGGAAUCGACUCGACGGCAAUGGGCGUGGUUUUUGGUUUUUUGGGAUAUGAGCUUUCAUUAGUGUGGCAGAAGUAGGUGAAUGGCAAACUGGAAGCCCUCAGCCAUUUUCUCAGUUAAAGUUAGAUUUCCAGAACUAUCUUUUCCUCACUGCAGCUGUCAUGACCAGCUCAAGUACACCCUAUCCCUUGGAUCAACCAUAACCACAGUCACCCAUCCUGGACAACAGUGUCCUUACUGCUCUCUGGAAUGAGAAGAUUCUAGAAGAAAAGAAUUGUGAUUUCUUUGUUUUUCUUUAAAGAAGAAUCAUAAACAGGGUCUAAAUAAAAGGAUUUUUUUCUUUUUUUGGUCACAUGUCACAGAAUGGAGUUUAAUCACUUCUUUACCUCCCCCUGGAUGGGCAAUUUAGAAGAGCAAAGAUAGGUUUUCAGCAGAGCAUCAAUCGACAUAUUUUCAUAAGCCACACUUCCACCCUUUCUGUACUCUGUAGGCAUUUUGUGGCUAUCCAGGCACCCAGACCCAGUGCCGUCGAGUCGAUUCCGACUCAUAGCGACCCUAUAGGACGGAUUAGAACUGCCCCAUACAGUUUCCAAGGAGCACCUGGCGGAUUCGAACUGCCGACCCUUUGGUUAGCAGCCGUAGCACCUAACCACUACGCCACCAGGGUUUCCGCUAUCCAGGCAAUUGAUAUGAAUUUGUAUCUAAUCUUGUGCCUUCAUUAUUAAUUGAGUAGUAUAUGUUAACAUUUUAAUCUGUGUUUUCCUUUGAAAUGCAUAUGAAAAGACUAUUGUAGAGCUUUGAGGCUUAACCUAAUAGCAGACUAUUCCACCAAGGAAGAGUGUUUGGCACAAAGGAGUCUGCCUUUCCUCUCUGUUAAGAACUCCCAACAGUGAGUGGUUAGGAUUUGCUGGUCAGCCCAGCCUCCAGCUGCUUCCCAAAGCAAGACUGGGUACGUACUGGGGGUACUGCAAAUAGUGCUACAGCAUUGUCCAACCUACUGCCCACCAUUCUGUGAGAGAAAAACCAGUCAAUGUUUGCAAAAUGGAAAAGGACAAAAUAUGUCCCAUUGAGGCUCCCGAAGGAAGGUCUGUCUUAUCAUGGCCCAGCCAAGUUGGCAUACAACCAUCACAAGGUCCAAAGUGCCUGAUUUCAUUAAGCUAUUUAAAGUUAAUCAAGAAAAAGCUGUUGCUGACAAUCACUCUUCCAGGAAGCACACUUGUAUUUAUUCAAACCUGACCCCUGGGAUAGGCACAAAUGUCAUGGGAAGGGAGGGACUCUCUCUUCCUUCAGAGCCACUCUUUUAUCUUCGUCCUCCUUCAAGUGUUGCUCAUACUUGAGAUUUACUAGGCAAAAAUUCUGGAAACAGGAGAAGCCUGAAGGAUCAUAGCUGGAUAAAGACUGUAAACAUUAGGGAGGUAGAGGCUAUGGCACACUCCUCCAGCUCAUGGUUUCUUCUUAGCUCAGUGCAUGUGUUUUUAAUGUAGGCAAAUGUUUAUAUACAUAUGAGAUUUACAGUUAAUAAAUUAUCUCUUUAGCUAUUUUCCCCAUGUGAUUUUGAUAUUAAAUUGUCCCUUCAGCAUCUCUGAUCAGAUCAGUAGGGCGUAUCUUGAUAGCAGUAGCAGAGCCCAGGUUAUUAAAACGUUAUUUUCCUCAGCACCUGUUCAAACAAUAGUAUUUUGUGGCCAGCCAAAAGAAAGGAAAUGGUUUUCCACAACCCAGUAUGUCUUCCUGGUGUGGUUCCACCUCACUCCUAUCACAUGGACACCAAGCCUCCUUUAGGCUGUGUGGUCACUGGAAUGGAAGGUUCAAUCUUUGGGCAACUCAGUCCCUUCUGUGUGCCUGUCCUUGUAGCUGCUUAGCAAGGAAGAAAUAUCAUGGAACUUUGAGACAGGAAAAAAUGUCCUGCCCACUGAGCUUUAGGUGCUGGGAGAACAUAGGCAAAGGCUUGAGUUCCUGAAAUGCCUAGUUCUAAGAUCAGACCUGUGGACCCAACUAAGGUAGCCAGAGACCCUAUCUUGCCUCCUGCCCCACCCUCCUAGCAAGCCUGGGACCUUUACCUGAAAAAGGAGACUUUGAAGCUGCCCCUCAGAGAAAGAGUUGUCAAGAGUAGAAUCAUCUCUCAACCAGCUCCCACACUGAAAACGAGACACGUAAAGUGUGCCCUAAUUUUCAUAAGGAUACUCUUGAUUCUAGGAAGAAAGCUGGAGAUGAGUAGGGUGAGAGUGAUACUCUACUCCUUAGAAGAAGAAUGACCUGGCAGCUAGAGAACCAGCUUUAUAAAUUAGUUACCAGUCAUAUGUUUUCCCAGAGUUGCUGGUCAAGCAACAAUUCCUACACCCCUAGGAUUCCAUUUCUCCAUUAAGAAGUGGGAGCUUCUAACCUCCCAGGCUACAGCUUCAUAGCUAUUUUUCUCUCCUUGUUCACCUCCACCACACACACACAGAAUUGGGUAAAUGCCAGGCUCCUGGCUUUUUCUACCUCUACCACUGUAAUCACGUCACCUUCUGAAGUCACAGAAUUCUGUCGCUGAAUUGUACCUUAGAGCCCAUAUGAUUAAUCACUUCCAUUUUACAAAUGAAAAAAGAGUUCGGAGAAAAUGACUCGUCUGAGGUUCUCCCACAUCCUGUCAGUGGCAGGUCUAGCUGCCAGGCUGGUGUCUUUCCCACUACAGCACAUCGCUGCCUUGAUCAGGUGUUCCAAGAUGAGCAUUUUUUGAGAAUCUCGAGUAGGACUGAGCAUUCCACCACCAUCUCUCAGCAGUGAGCCUUCACAGACCACUUGGGCCAAGCUGAGCAAAAAUGCAGUAUAUCCAUGCCUCGGGGACUUUUUUCAGGUUAGUAACCCAUAAGAAGUGUCACCCUCUGGGAUGUCUUUCUGUCUGUAGAGAUGGAAGCCCUGGGAAGGCUAUCCAAAGCACUAUUGCUGGGAAAAAAGGGCACAUCUCUCUAGCUGGCAUCAUGGGUAUGACUGUCUUCUCCAAAUAAUAGAAGCUGUGAUAGCCCUAGCUAAGGCCUCUUCUAAAAAGACAAUGACCAAAUGAGGGUGAGGCAUCCCUUCAAUCAAGUGGAGGAGAUAGUAGCUAUACUAGCAUAGGUAAAGUAGUAGGAAUGAUUUACAUCAUGGGUUACCAAUGGGACAACCAAAUACUGACCGGCCAAAGACUCCUCUUCAGGUCUGCAUCAGUGCUCUUGGCCAGUCUAUGCUGAGUGCCUCUCCUGGGCCCAGCAUUGGGUUAGACGUUGUUGACCCCAUUGGGAAGUGGUUAACAGCAUCAGCUAGGGAACCAAGUAGCCCUGGAUACAGAUCUCCAUUAUAUUGCUUACUAGCUGAAUGAUUUAGACAAAAUAUUAACCACACCGAACCUAAGUUUCUUCAUCUGUAAAGUGGGAAUGAUAAUAAAUACCUCAUGGGAUGGUUGUGAGCAUGUAAUUCAAUAAGAUAAUGUGUGUGAAGGACCUAGGUACAGCAUCUGACACAAGUAAGUGCUCCACUAAUGGUGGCUAUCACUAUUAUUAUGUAUUCCUCAGUGAACUCACAGACACCUUAAAACUUUGAAAUUUUUAGUAACAAUAAACACCAAGAGGUAUCACAUAACAGUAUAUUUCCCAGUGAGUGGUAGGAGGCUGUAAAUGUUAUGGUUCCAGGAUAGCAAAUUGCUGAACUGAGUUUACUUAAGCUUUCUGGGAGGAGAAGGAGGAGGAGGAGCAGGGGUUUGACCUAGGCUUUGGAAGGGUAUCUCUAAGAUAGAGAAUGGGAAGGGAUUUGGGGAUGGGAAAGUGAAGGAGUUGAGUGUUCAUUGGUAAGAAAGCUCAAGAUGUGUUUUGAAAGGAUGGUAAGGGAGGUCAUGGCCAACAGGUGAGGUAUUGGAAGAGAAGGUAUGGAAAAAAACUGAGAGAAGUAUUUCCAAACUGGGAAGAAUGUUAAAUGUCGGGCUAUGGAAUUUUAUCCUUCAAGUAAUGAAAAGCUAUUAAAGAUUACUUGUUAAAAUAUCUAACAGUAGUGUUGGGCUCUAUUAGAGGGAUCAGUAAAGAAGGGAAAGAAAUCCACUGAUCACCUACUGGGUGUUAGACAAGGCCCUAUAAUGAGGUAUAUUAUUUAAUCCCCAUAGCAACCCUAAGAGGUAGGUGAUAGCACCCCCAUUUUAUAGAUCAGGAAACUGAGUCUUGGAGAGGUUAGGAGUGCAGGAAAGGCAGUAUCUUUCCCAGCCUUGCUGGCCUGACAGAGACUGAAGAAACUCUGAGAGUAUGACCCCUGGACACCCUUUCAGCUCAGUAAUGAAGUCACUCCUGAGGUUCUCCCUUCAGCCAAAGAUUGGACAGGCCCAUAAAACAAAAUGAGACUGAAGGGAAACACCAGGCCUGGGGCAAGGACUAGAAGGCAGGAGGGAACAGGAAAGCUGGUAAUAGGGAACCCAAGGUUUAUAAGGGAGGGUGUUGAUGUGUCGUGGGGUUGUUAACCAAUGUCAUAAAACAUGUAUACUAACUGUUUAAUGAGAAACUAGUUUGUUCUGUAAACCUUCAUCUAAAGUACAAUUUAAAAAAAAAGAAAGUGUAUUUCUAAACUGGGCUGAGGUGGAAGCUAGUUUAUAAGGUGUUCAGGUGGCAUGAGUCCAAGACUGCUCAUCUUAGAAGUCUUUCUGAAAGGAAGGAGAGAACCAGAAUGGUGGGCAGAAGGGAUGAUAAAGUCAGGUGAAAGUUUGGGCCAUCUACACAGCUUUGUUUUUUCAAGUUAGGGGAGGCCUAGGGUUUCCAGAAUCUAGAGGUCCAAAAGGCAUUAAUAGUAUUCCAAAAGCAAGUGUCAUUAUUUCAGAAAGACUAGUGGAAAUCCUACAUGUCUGUAGACGGAAGCUACACAGGCCAGCUGCGACUUCACUUCUUUACUUUGGACUGCAAAGUACCGUAUCAGGUUGUAACUUGCUUAUUGUGUGUAGGUCACCUCUGACUGGCUGGUGCAUCUAUAUAUACAACACACCUAAAUGUGUGCUUAAAAAAAUGAGCAAAUAAAUGUACACGUGUACUUUGGUUGAUGAAUUAUUUCCCAACAUGGGCUACGUGGGGUAUGGGUAGCAAUAAAAGCUCCUUGGUGGUGCGAAAAUUGGGAACAAACAAUUUACUGUUAAUGAAGAAAGGAGAGAAAAGCCAUGAAUCGGAAGAAAUUGAGAUGGGGGACAAAAAUAAUGUCAUGGUGGGCAAUCAUCUAAGAGUAGCAGAGUUAGUCAGAAAAGAUGGAAACCCAAACCCUGUGCCAGGAGGGGUGGAGUACAGAAUGGCAGGCAUGCGGAGUGGAGGCCAGUGAGUGCCAGGAAAACAUCGGAAACCCAUGAAAUACUGUGCACCAGACCCUAGGCUGGGCCCUGUGUGCUCUUAUUCAGUCCUUGGAGAUGGGGCCUCUUCCUACUUUUUAAAACUCAUUUCUGUAUGUUUUUUGUAAGCCACCUCAAGUCCUUUAUGGAAUGGAGCCAGGUAUACAUCUGAUGUUUUUGUUGUUAGGUGCCAUCAAGUUGGUUGCAACUCAUAGCGAUCCUAUGUACAACAGAAUGAAACACUGCCCGGUCCUGCGCCAUUCUUAUGAUCAUUGUUAAGCUUGUGCCCAUUGUUGCAGCUACUGUGUCAAUACAUCUCGUUAAGGGUCUUCCUCUUUUUUGCCGACCCUCCACUUUACCAAGCAUGGUGUCCUUCUCCAGGGACUGGUCCCUCCUGAUAACAUGUCCAAUGUGGGACGAAGUCUUAUUAUCGCUUUUGAGGAGCAUUCUGGCUGUACUUCUUCCAAGACAGAUACACAUCUAUGCACAACUAAAAUCAAGGGCGAUUUCUUCUUUUUUUUUUUUGCACCAAUAAUGAAAAUGAGGCUUAGCAAGUCUCACCAAUGUCACAAGCUAGUAAGGAUUCAAACUCAGGAAUGGAGGGUGGGUGGGCCAUUAUUCACUUCUUCUCCUCUGACUCCUUCCAGUCAAUUUCUAAGUAUUACCAAGCCCACCUCCUAACUAUUUCUCAAAUCUACCCACUUCUCUCAAUCUCUGCCAACUUCUCUAGUGCAACAUCCUCUCCACUGGUCUUCCUGCCAGACAACCUAGAUUCACUCUUGACCAUGUGACUUAACUUCUCUCUGCCUCAGUCUCACCCUUAAAUGGGGAUCAUACAGAACCUACCUGAUGGGGUAAUUGUGAAGGUUAAAGGAGCUAAUGCAUGUAGAGUGCCCAGAGCAAAUAUAAUAAGUACUCAGUAAGAGCUAUCUGUUGUUCUUAUUCUCCAUAAAGCUACCGGGGUGAUCUUACCAUGUCACAUCCCAGCUAAACACACUAGAUAGUUUCCCACUGCCCUUAGGAGGCAGUUGGACUCCUUAGCACACUACACAGGGCUGUUUGUGAUUUGGCCUCGCUGCAGUCUUUAGACCUCCAGCCCCUUCUCUUUCCUUCUCUUGACUUCAAUGUUUCAGCCACUCCAAACUUCUGUUAGUUCCUGAAGGCCCUGUAAUAUCCUUUCCUUGGCCUCCUUAUGACCUCUCUUAGCCUUCUCUACAUCCUCUAUCACAACACUUAUGGUGCUCAGAAAACCAAACCCAUUGCCAUAGAGUUGAUUCCAACUCACAGCAACCCUAAGAACAGAGUAGAACUUCCCCCAUAAGGUUUCCAAGGAGUGCCUGGUGGAUUCGAACUGGCCUUUUGGUUAGCAGCCAAGCUGUUAACCACUGCACACGGGUUCCAUCUUACUGUGCUGGAGUUGCAUUAUUUAGUUAUUGGAUUCCUCUGUUAGACUGGAAGCCCUGUGGUGGCCAGAAUAAGAUGCCAGUCUUAUUGAUCACUAAGUCCCCAGAACUUAGCAUGGUUUCUGGCACAUUGUAGGCUCUUGGUCAUUACUUAUCAGAUGAAUAGAGAAAUGGAUGCAUGAAGAAAGGGUGGGAAGGAGAGAGGAAGGCAAGGUAGGAGGGAGGAAGUGAAUGCAGUACCCUUGACACUACUCCAGGCUGCUUGCAGUAGAAAUGGAAAGGCUGUGCUGAGAGGGGUGGGACUUGGGAUGCCUCCAUUGCCCCCUCUCCAGUCCAUCCCCACUGACCUGCCUUUUCUUUCCCAAACAAAUCUAAGAUAACUUCCCUGCUUAAAGAUCCAGAGGACUCCCCAUUGCUUACAGAGCAAGGACCACAGCCCUCAGACUGGCACACCAGGACUCUCCAUCUGGCCCCCACACCGCUCUUCUGCCUCGUCUCCCUCUCUUCUGCCCUCUGCAGCUCACAACUAUUGGCUUUAUAGCUUUCAUCAGACUCUCAAACACAGUUCCUUCUGCUUAUGCGACUUGUCUGGUUGAAUCUUUCCAGAAGUUGUCACUGCUUCUAUAAAGUUUUCGUAGUCCAGCCAUCAUGUAGUAUCAUUAUGUACUCUUUCUUUUGCCUCCAGUAAUAUUCUAUAGAACCUUCUGUUAUAACCCGCCUCAAACUUUAAGUUUUUGUGUACUAUUUGUCUUUCCUAUUAGAAUGUAAGCUGUAUAAACUUAGGCAAGUUACUUAUACCCUUUGAGCCUCAGAUAUAAUAAUUUUUAAAAUUGUAAAAAUAGAGGUGAUAUUCCCUACCUUACAAGUUUGGCACCUGGAACACUGACCAAGCUCUGGAAACAGCCCAGAGGAAAGCCAGAAAGUCAAGACCAUAGGUCCAUGAAGGCAGAGCUAGGAAGGGCGCCCAGUGGAUCCAAAGGGGGUACUGUAAGGGGCUCCUUGGCUGUCUGCUUUAAGUUCUGAGGCAGGACUGUUCAGUUCUGAGGUGAGGGAGCUGUAGAGAGAGGGCAGAGUGGCUUUCUUGCUCCGUUGCUGCCAGCUUAGAUGGGAUCAACUGCACAGCCCUAGUUACCCAGCUGGAGUUGAUUUAAGCUUGGUGGAUUUAUAUAACAUUGGGAAAUGGUAAACUGUGUAAAUUUGCUAUGUUUUCCAGGGAGAGUUAUUUAUGGAGGGGCAUUUUUAACUCAAGUGCUAGAAGUGUUAAAUCAUGAUAAUAAAUUCAUGCUUUUCAGACUUUCUUACAUUGUAAUAAAUUUUUUCUAAGCAUGAAUGAGGAGAUCCAUGAUUCCUCUAAUAUACCAUUAUGUAUUUCUUCUCAAAAUGACACAGCUUACUAUAUCAAGUUGGAGAAUAAUAGAAGGAGAUUUACUGCAUUAGAGAAAAGAAAGUUGAGUAGCACUGAGUCUGAGACUCUGAGAAGGGAGCUGGGGAGCAGCAAUCCCAAGCACAGCUCCUCCCUGCCUCUUACCCGGAUGGCAUUUGCGGCCACAAGGGGAGGACCUGGCUAGUGCUGCAUCCCACAGGUCUCCCACCUGAGCUUAGGGAGCGUCUGUGAGCAGAGAAAUCUGGCCAGCGUCCCCAGUGACAUCUUGCCUCAUCCUGUCCAGGGGGAGGUGGUGGAGCGGGGGCUCUAUUGGAAAUGAGAGCUGUCUCUCCCGUGAAAUCAAAUACCUGCCAAAUAGGGACUGGAAGGCAGGAGGGAACAGGAAAGCUGGUAAUAGGGAACCCAGGGUUCAGAAGGGAGAGUGUUGACAUGUCAUGAGGUUGAUAACCAGUGUCAUAGAACAAUGUGUGUACUGUUUGAUAAGAAACUAGUUUGUUCUGUAAAACUUCAUCUAAAGUACAAUUAAAAAUAAAUAAAAUUUUUAAAAAGCCCUGCUAAAAAGCCAAUGUGGGUAAAGAGAAUACAAAAAAAAAAAGAAAAAAAACUAGUUGCCAUCAACUAGCUGAUUUUUUGGAGGUAGGUUGCCCAACCUUUCUUCCAAGGCACCUCUGGGUGGAUUUGAACAACCAACCUUUCAGUUAGCAGCUGAGCACCACCCAGGGACUCACAGAGAGCACAUAGCCCUAUCUUAUCACCUGUCUUCUUACCUUACUCUUCACCUGGACCAGAGGAUUUGUAGCUUUCAUCAGACUCUCAAAGGAGUCUAUGAUCCAAAAAGUUCAGGAUCCAUUGGUCUGGGUGAGCUCUGAAGCAUGUUGUGACUGACCACUCUGUGCUAGGCAAAGUACAAUGACAAGUUCCCAGCCUCCAGCAGUGUACAGUGCAGUGAGGCCAGUCAAGUCAGGCUGCAAAUAGAGUUCUCUGAGGUCAGUGCACCUCCCGCUGGGAAGGAUUGGUGGUUGUCAUGGAUUAAAUUGUGUUCCCCAAAAAUGUGUGUGAACUUGGCUAGGCCAUGAUUUCUGAUAUUGUGUGGUUGUCCUCCAUUUUGUUGAUCUGAUGUAAUUAUCCUCCAUUUUGUGAUGUAUAUCCUAACCUCCACCUGUAGUUAUAAUCCCAUCUGUGAAUGGGUUGUGUUUGUUAUGUUAAUAAGGCAGAAUUAGGUUAUGUCAAUGAGGAUUAGGUUAUGUUUAUUAUGUUAAUUAGGCAGGAGUAGGUUAUAUCUUGAGUCAAUCUCUUUUGAGAUAUAAAGAGAUUAAACAAGCAAGCGAGAAGCAGCAGAGAUGGGGACGAGAGAUGCCAAGCCACAUGAAGAUCACCCAGGAGCAAAGGCUCAGAACAGAAAAGGACAUUCCUCCAGAGCUAGCAGAGACAGAAAGCUUUUCCCUAGAGCUAGCACCCUGAAUUUGAACUUUUAGCCUCCUAAAACGUGAGAAAAUUAAUGUGUUUGUUAAAGCCACCAACCUGUGGCAUUUCUGUUACAGUAGCACUAAGUAACUAACAGAGUGGUUCGGUAGUAGAAUUCUCACUCCCAUGUAGGAGGCCUAGGUUCAAUUCCUGACCAAUGCAGGUUUUUUAAGGAGCCCUGGUAGCGCAGUGGUGAAGCGCUUGGCUGCCAUCCAAUAGGUCGGCAGUUCAAAUCCACCAGAUGCUCCACAGGAGAAAGAUGUGGCAGUUUGCUUCCGUAAACAGUCUUGGAAACCCUAUGGGGCAGUUCUACUGUGUCCUAUAGGGUCGCUAUGAGUUAGAAGCAACUCGAUGGCAACAGGUUUGGUUGGUUUGGACGUCAGUGCAGUCUCACAGGUCUGAACAACAGUCACUUGGAGGCGGCUUCCGUCAGGAUUUUCCCAGCAGAUGGGACAUUGAGUUGGGCAAGGGCAGGGAAGGAAGGGCAUUCCAGGCAGAGGAACAGUAUAUUCAAAGGCAUGGAGACAGGGAGCCCCAAGGUAAGCUCAGGACAGUCUUGAAUACUAAGCCUGGUGUUUAAACUUUGAGAAUUCCAAUACUGGGAGGCAGUUUAUAGUUUACUUAGUGCUCAAUCAGAGGCUUAGGUUUAAGUCUUGCUCUGCCACUUCCUCGCUGUGUGACAGACAUUGUCCAAACUCUGUUUCUUAUCUGUAAACUCGUAUGCGCACCUGCCUUGCCUGGCUCAAAGUCUAUGUGGGGAUUUGAUGAAAGGAUGCUCACAUACCUGCUGGGAAAACAGCUGCAAAGCACUUUAUACAUACCAGGUGCUUUUAUAAUUUACCUGAAGGCUGGCAAGGGGCAGUGGGCCCCUGAAGCAUGGAGAACUGGGGAUUCCAGGGCAGCCAGGCAAAAGCAGACCUGCCAGCUCCCAGCCGUUGCUGCUCACUGGCUGCAUUGCACGACCUCAGGCAGGGCUUCCAGCUAACCUUCUUAGCCUCCAGUGGGGACCCCACUCCCAUGCUUGGCCCAGAGUUUCAGAACGCCCUGUUUACCUCUGUCUCUCCCACCAACAUGGGCUGGCUCCUGAAAGAUGGGACUCUAGGAGCCAUCAUCCCAUCCCCUGUGCAGGAACCUGCAUUCUCAGGCACCUCUGACCCCAGCCCUGAAGAGUUUCAGCAGCACACCGAGCAAGAGCUGUUCCAGGGCAGAGAUCUCUGAGUUGUCAUCCUGGUGGCUACCCGUC